AUGUUGAAAUUCCGGCCAUCAACGGUAAAAUCUUCAGAAGAGCCCAUGGUCGAUACACAAACCCUCGGUGGUCUUAUGAAUAAUAUCGGAGCCAUUGUGAAAGAAUGUCUGAUCACCAAUUGUCGCCCCCCAGAGUUCUUAGUUGCUGGUGGACCGAAGCAUGCAUUGAUAGAAUUGGCAAGUUCGACAGGAAGAUACGAUUUAUCAUUUCCCGAGUCGACGAAUGCCUGGAAAGAUGUCGAAUUGGUAGUCAAUUUGUUCGAGGAUGAGCCUUGUGUAACAUCUUUAACUGUCAAACUCCAGUAG